AUGCCAAUCCGUUCUUUAAAAUUUGGAUGUCUUUUUAAGGAUCAGGAUGUAAGGCACCGUGGAAAAAUUGAGACGUUCCGUUAUGAUUCUAAUCCACAACUCCCUCCUAACCUCUACAUUAGAGAAGACCUGAUCUCCUUUCAAGCGGAGUUUCCCGAUGCGGUCGUCUCCUAUGAUUCUAUUAAAUUAGCGGACAAAUUGCAAACCAUCCAUUCAAUUCACAGCGCUUCUAAGAAAGAUGAAAAUUCCGUCGUAUGGAGACUGAAUCACCGGCUAGUUUCAUAUUGGUCCUCCUUUUUUGGCUACUUGUCUCCUGUUAUUCUUGCGUACAGCCAGUACAAAAGUGCUGGAUUUCCUUGGGCUAUUGGAUGCUUGCCACCGUCUCUCAUCACAGUCUUGUCAGUUCGUUGGCUCGAGGUCUCCCCUCCCGCCGUAGCAGUCGAUGCCAUUUCUACUCUUAUUAACUUGGAGUCAGAUGACGUCAUCAUCGAUCCAACUCUGCCCGAUUUCGAUCCCGCUGCAAUUCUUUCUCCCACCGAAAAAUCCUCCGAUUUUGUCGAGUGGAGACGGUGGCCCUUAACUUAUGUGGAUCCCUACCCACAAUGGCGUGUCCUUGCCCUGCAUGUCAAUCAGUUUGUUGGUAUUGGAUACAGUAACGGAGCUAUUGAGAUCAUAAACCUCAGCGAUGCUAAUUAUCCUCCCAUAUUCAUUCAGCAACCCUGCAAUUCGGACUUCGCACCAAUUGUAGGAAUGAGCUUUUUGCGGGACUCUUCCUACCUCGUGGUGUGCCGAUUUUCGGGCGAAAUUGAAUUGUGGCAUCUUAAAGACAAAUCUGUUGGUUUUUCCGCCCGUUUAGUUUCGCAAAAGCUUCACCACUCCUUUAUAUUCUCUUCUGUAUUUGAUGCCGAAAACUCCCUCCUUGCCGUUGGUAGCGAGUUUGUGGGUACACCGAGAGACCAUCUGACAGUCCUUUCAAUCGAUAACCUCUCGUCUUUCUCUCUAUUCGUUCCUCCUAAGACGACUGUCUCCGGAGCUGGUGUCCCCGCGGCAUCUUCAAAGCUACGCUCUCUUAUGCGUUCAAUUUCUACUCGACAAAACGCUAAUCUAGCAGACGGAUUCGCCAGUCUUUCUCUAUCUCCUGGUGGUAAUCGCCUCGCUGCUCUGCACUGCUCUCGUGCUAUUUCCGUGUGGUCGUUUCCUGCAUGUUCUCUUCUUACCACCAUCAUUUCUGACGCUGUGGCAAUCGACAGCUUGACAGUCGCAUGCAAACCGCUUUCGCCAUUCCUUAAUUCCAAAAUACCGGUGCCGCAUCAAUUAAAUUGGUGGAGUCGGAAUCCCACUGAUCCGCUGUUGGCCAUUCUCAAAAGUGACGGUUCCCUCUCAGUAAUCGAUAUUGAGACCAUGGAGAAUCAGUUAUUUAAUGUAGACCAUAAUCAGGAUGAUGAAAGCAUUCAAUUUUCUCCAUUUUCAUCCUUUGCGGUUGCCAGUGUCAUCAAUUCCACUGUAACUGAGUUCUUCCUUCUUGACAGUUCCAUGGAAUGUCCUCCUAGGAGAGAGAAAAAAGUUCAGCGCCGCAGUAGUUCACAGAGGGGUUAUAUCAGUGCGUUAGCUGCAGCGCUGGGCAUUACAGGGAAGUCGGAGUCCGAGAAUGAGGUUACUGAACCUCUGGAAGAAGCCUCUUCCACGUUCAUGAGGGCUAACGUAGUUCGCAUUGUAGCGACCUCUCGUCGUGAGCUUUUCAUCCACCGUCUUCGAUGCUGCCGAUUUUCUGAAGCACGGGCUCUCACUACUAACAAUAACGAUGGUGCCGAUGGUGCAGAACUUGAUCCGGAAUUCGCUUGGCAGUAUCAAAUGCUUGCACUCUUCCAUUUCCCUCUCAAACCUAUCACAUUUGAAAAAAUUGUAGCAAUUAGCGCCUCAAAAAUCACAAAGCGGGUAAAUUGGCUCCUUCGAGCGUGUCUCCACGAAAUUCCUUGCAUUGAUGUGAGCUGGAAAACAGUAGACCUCUUUCGUACAGCAAAAUCUCUUCUAAAGGCGGGCCUUUCUCGCUCCUCCAACGCUAAUGUCACUGUAAUGUUCCAGGAACGGCUCUACCAAUUAAAGGUGUUGACAGCCAUCUAUGCUGAGGAGUGUGCUUUGUCUCUCUCGAAUGAGACUGGUGAUGACCAUGCUGAAGACGAGGUGCAGAAAUGGUGCUUGGAGUUGGAGGCCUAUCGACAAAACUCCCCGCUAGAUAUUGCUCUCUGGUACUUGCAAACUCAGCGCUACGCAGCGUUUGGGAUUUUAGUAUCCCAUUACUUUAACAUUCUAGUUCCCCAUCUUAUUAGUCUUCUUUCAACUGUCCCUGCAACUGAAUCGCCCGCUAAGUAUCUUCGACUGGUUAGAUUCUUCCCCUCAGAGUCGAUGAUGGAACAGCCUACCAUGAGUAGGUUCUCGGAGAGUCGUCACAAAGAUGCUACCGAGCGCUUAUAUUCCCUUCUUCCUAAAGACUUUCGAUGGGCUAAUACCACUCCAAGUAUAGUAAAUCUUGCUCAUUGGGCUUGUACAAGGGCCUACGAGCUGGAUCGGCUUUCCGGGCUUGCCACGGAAGCUGACGAGUUGUUGACAGUAGUCAUUGAAAUAAUCAAGGAUUGCAAUAAAGAUAAAUCAGACGCGAAAUGGCGUCGUUCAAAGCGACGUGCUUUGGCACUGCUGCAAAAGUACUCCGAUGAAGUGGUCCAAUUCACGACGAUCCUCUACCGUGCCGCCCCCGGCUAUAGCUUUUCCAACACCCUUCGACGCAAGAUUGAUCUCGGCAGCCAAUUGGUGUCCUUGAACCGUCUAAAGCUGGUGGAAUUUCAUCAGCUUACUUUUGAACAGCGGUUAGAACUUCUCAUUUGCGUAUGCAUCGCCGCGCCAUCGAAGGCAACAGCCGCGGAUGUAUGUAGUGUACUGACGCGGCACCUCCUCCCCUUCCUCACCUGCCAUGAGAAGUCCUCGGUGGAGUCUCGGCUGAAGCAGUGUCUUCUGCGGGUCGCCGAAUACGCCGCCACCGGUCUGGAGGCGGUUUGCAUGCUCGUUAAUAGAUGGCGGCAUUCGGACGUUGAAGUUAUCGCGUCGCUUGAAGGCAUCUCCUUCGAAUCGUGCAUUGUCGAUUUCCUUAUCGAGUUCACACCACCCUCAACGGAGGACUCCGAGGUCUAUUUGACGCACGUUCAGCGGAUCCUCUCUGGCCUGCGUGCCGAAAAAGGGGACAAAGGGAGCUCGCUUUAUCGCUUAUCCGAAUGUUGUGAGGCCCUCCUUGACUAUCACUCACUUGUUCGUGAAAUGGGCUAUCUCGUUCCCCCACAGGGUGUACCUACAUCCCUUGGUGAAGCGCUUUCCAUCAGUACAGGCGAUGAGUCACGACUCAUACAACUUGUCAGUCGGUGGAUUCGAGCUACCCUCGUCGCAGAGGGCGAGGCAAUGGCGAAGAAGUCGCAGAUGCAGGAGAGCUCACGAGGUAUCCCAUCAUCCCCCCUUCAUGCUAUGAAACGCUUCUACUUCUAUAACCGUCUCUCGAGUACUUCUGACGAUGCUUCUACACUGCCAUCAGAAAACAAGGACAAUGACAAUGAGACGCUCAUGAGGCAACUACUCGGUGUCAACUUGAAUGAGAGAGCACGCUUCCACCUGCUUGUUGGUGUGCUGUGUUCAGGGGACCGACGUCUUAUAGAUUUUGCAAGGACUUCACUGGCGCAGGGGCAGGAAAAUGAUCCCACCUGGCGUGCAGCACUUCAGUAUGCUAUCAUUGUCUAUUUCGAUGCUACACCAGCGUUUGGAGUUGGUGAGGUGAAUGAAGAAUUGGGUGCUCUUUGCCUCUCACUCCUUCCCUCCCCUGAAGACUCACCAGAGUCCUCAUUUUACGGAGCUGUGAAAUUCCUCUCCGGCGUCGAUCACCUAAACGGUCGUACCUCUCGUCUACCCUCUCGGUCGACAUGGGCAAAAAUGUUGCCGGAGAGAAAAGUGGAGCUCUUCACCGUGGCUCUGCAAAAUCUCCUGAAUCUAACAUACAUGAAUGAGGUAAACCUCAUUCAAGCGGGAAAAUACUUUGAACUCUCCGAAGUGGACGUAAAUCGGUGCUUCUUGAAGGCAGCAAUUCAAGUCGCCACAAUGAAGUCGCUUUGCAGUGCUGCAGUUGAAAGGACGGUGGCGCUAAUGCAGAAAAUCCUUUCUGUUCCUGUCCCUUCGGCAUGGCGCGAGCUUCGACUGUGGAGUCGUGCACCUGUGGGAAUUUUGGCGUCACUCUUCCCCGGCGUGGAGAACUCAGUAGUCGAGAGGUUCCGUUUAACUCUCGCUCGAUUCGUGAUUGCUUACUCCGUUCACGAAGCAGGCUGCAGUGAAUAUGCAGAAAUUUGUGCCGAGUUCGCAGAAACUUGUGCUUCGCAGAAGUCCCUCGCACUGGAGGCUGAACAUUGUUCCAGCGUGAUGCAACGUCUACUCUCUGCCCUCUCUUCAUCCUCCCACGAACCUACUGUGCAUGAGAAUAAACCCUUCCAACCCUGUAGUUUCUACCUAUCCCCCUUGGAUCCUACUGGACUUGAAGAUUUCUUCUCGUCGUCUCCUCUUUCUGCAUCAAUGUCAGCGUAUUUGUCAAGCUGGUCGUUAGCGGAACUCCGAACGAAAACUGUUCAGGAGGUGUGGACAAAUGAUUGCCUUCAUGCAAAGAGUCUGGAUGUUGGACUCUCUUACGCCUACGGUCCACCACUGGGACAGAAAUCGCGAAAUUGGACCAAAACUCUGUGUACUCGACUUUCCGAGGCUAUCCGUGUCGGUGCCACUGACAAUCGUGAGAUGGAAGACUAUCGGCUUGUGGCAGCUAGUAUUUCCGCAAGUCCUCAAUUGGCAUCUGACUCUGAGGAAGUCUUUCCUCCGAUACAAACGCUCCUGGAAUCUCUGGCACGCCUCUCGGCCAAGCAUCCACGCAUUGCCAGUUGGCGUUCGAAGGCUCUCGUCUCGCGACUAGUUAGCCAUCCAGACAAAUUCUUCUCCGACGCAGCCUACAGACGCAACGAGCUAUUGGCGAUAUCACAAACUCGCCCAGAAGUGUCUCUACUCCUGGCAAGGCACAUGGAGGAGUCAGGCUCGCAGUUGAUAUUGACGAACCUCUCAGAAAUCGUAUUCUCCACGGGUGAUGUUGACGCAGAGGUUACUAAACGCCGGCUAAAGGAGCUCUCGCCCUACCUCAAACGCGAUGUUCCUACAGCCGAUCUUACUUCCUACCUUCAAGAGACUGUUGAUCCACGAAUAGAGGCAAUUCCUCUGUGGCGUUUGCUCCUCCUCUUGAAGGUCAUUCUUGUGGUCAUGGGUGGCCAGGACACGGGAUUGCGUCUUCGUGGCAUAACUAUUAAGAAGCACAUCGAGUUUAUUAGCACGGUAAUUCAACUGGAUACACUAGUUUACUUCACCUUUUUGUCAGCCUUAAGUAAGGUAAAUGAAGAGGAUUUUCUUGCCUCCGUUCAACCCUACUUAACCUCCAAAUCGGAGGUGGAGUCUCUGACUGUCCUAGUCCACCAAUCAGAUUGUCGCUUGGCUGUGAGCGAUGCUCAGGUUUAUGCAACCUAUGCCACCCGUCUCCUCACCAACUCCGACUGGCCAAUACAAGAUUGCCUCGACUGUUUAGAUGCCAUGAUAACACACGAUGGUGACGCAUCUGUACUUGUGGAGUGGAUAUCGAGGAGUCUCUUCGGAGCCGAGGCCCCUGGUCACUUGAUAGACCUUGAGGGACGAAUGCAAUUGGUCGACUCCGCCUUCCGCGUUGCGAGUACCAAGUCGUCUGAUAAUGCGUCAGUGGAAAAGUUGAAGCACUUUAAAGCAGACCUUCAACGACGAAUCGAUUGGAUCAGACAGUUUGCAGACCGGUCCUUCCUAAGCGAACCUCUUCAACAACGUCUUCUGCUGCACCACUUUGAAGACAUUGGAACAGGAUCUGUUUUGGUUCUUCAGGCUGUUCGAGAAUUCCUCUCCGCAACUCGUGGCGACGCUGGUGAAACCUUCAGCACUCUCCUCUCUACCUUCAUCGACUUCACGCAGCGCAUCGCAGGACUGUUGUAUGUGGAUUUCAAGGAGAUUUUAUUAAAGGCCUUGUGCGAAAGUAUCAAUGAAUUCCUCACCACAAACUUAGCAGAUUGGAUCUACUUGGAUCCAUUAUCGCAACGUGAUCUUGAAAACUCGGAUCGGUUUUUUGGACGUGUCCUUCUCGAAGUCGAUCCAUCUUGUGAUAAUCGUUGCAUUAUUGCUCAAAAUGCCUUCAAUCAUGUGCUUGUGCGGUAUAAUUUGGCUUACAAUUCGUCGGACGAUGUGAUCUCGAAGCUGAUUGCCUUUCUCCAAGGUCACGAAGCUCCGGCCAAUCCGAUUGUUUGGCUAUUGGGUGAUGGUGGACUAACCAAUGAAAAUCUUAUUCAAGCAACCGCGGUGGCCAUCGAAUUGGCGGGUUAUUGUUUGACUGAAAAUGCAGACGUAGUAUCUCAAAAUGAGAGUACUUUGUGGGAAAGUUGGUUGGAAUGCUUCGGUCGACAUCACACCUUGCCAGAACUGUCAAGGCAACUGGUCUCGCGAGUGCAUCUGGCUCGCCUGCCCAAUGUAGCUUAUUUGACUGCUGUCGGGGCUCUCGAAACAGAUGACACGAGCUUGAGAGAGGCUGUCAACAGUUGCCGACUUCUUUUACCUCCUCCAACUGCCACUACUGCUGCUGCCAAUCUCCCCGCUGAUAUAAACUUGGAUCCAGUUGCCUGUCGACGAUUCCUCAGCAGAGUCGACACCUGGAGGACGUCAGCAUUUCCUGUCUCCAUGCUGAAAGCAGUUUUGGAGGUUGCUGAAGAUGCGCGUUAUGAUGCUUUCUUGCGACACAUUUUGUGUGAAAUGCGUAGUUCUGGUGACGCUUGGAUGGAAGUAGUCCUUAUAGGCAGAGCCCACCUUUCGCGAAAACGGCGCUUGACCACCUUGGACGAGGUGUUGAAAGCUGUUGAAAACUUACUGAGCGAAUGA